UCCUGGGGGAGGAAGAUGAGGCUCCCAACCCCACCCUCUUCACAGAGAUGGACACUCUGCAGCAUGAUGGGGACCAGAUGGAGUGGAAGGAGUCGGCCAGGUGGAUAAAAUUUGAAGAAAAGGUAGAGGAAGGAGGAGAACGCUGGAGCAAGCCCCAUGUGUCCACGCUGUCCCUUCACAGCCUCUUUGAGCUCCGCACCUGCCUGCAGACAGGGACGGUGCUGCUGGAUCUGGACAGCGGCUCUCUACCGCAGAUCAUAGAUGAUGUCAUUGAGAAGCAGAUAGAAGAUGGACUUCUGCGACCAGAGCUCCGGGAAAGGGUCAGCUACGUGCUACUGAGGAAGCAUCGUCACCAAACCAAGAAGCCCAUCCACCGUUCCCUUGCAGACAUCGGGAAGUCGGUUUCCACUACGAAUCGCAGCUCUGCCCGGAGCCCGUCAGCGGGCCCAACUCUGCACCGCUCCACCGAGGACCUGAGGAUUCGGCAAAGCACCAGCUAUGGUCAUCUGUGCCAGGCCCAGAGCAGAAGCAUGAAUGACAUCUCUCAUACCCCAAACACAGACCAGCGGAAAAACAAAUUCAUGAAGAAGAUCCCCAAGGACUCGGAAGCUUCCAACGUGCUUGUGGGCGAGGUGGACUUCCUGGACCAGCCAUUCAUUGCAUUUGUUCGUCUUGUCCAGUCUGCCAUGCUGGGAGGGGUGACAGAGGUGCCUGUCCCCACCAGAUUUCUCUUCAUACUUCUAGGACCUUCUGGGAGAGCAAAGUCCUAUAAUGAAAUUGGCCGAGCCAUUGCAACCCUCAUGGUGGAUGAUCUAUUCAGCGACGUGGCUUACAAAGCUCGGAGCCGGGAAGAUCUGAUCGCAGGAGUUGAUGAAUUUCUAGAUGAGGUCAUUGUCCUUCCCCCUGGAGAAUGGGAUCCAAACAUCAGAAUUGAGCCGCCCAAGAAAGUUCCCUCAGCUGACAAGAGGAAAUCUGUGUUCUCUCUGGCAGAGCUGGGGCAGAUGAAUGGCUCUGUGGGCGGAGGCGGAGCUUCGGCUGGAGGAGGCGGCGGUGGCGGAGGGGCUGGAGGCGGUGGGGCCGGCGGAGUGGGCAGUGGCGAUGAAGCUGAGAUGCCAGCUAUGCACGAAAUCGGGGAGGAGCUGAUCUGGACCGGAAGGUUCUUUGGAGGACUACGUCUGGAUAUCAAGAGGAAGCUACCCUGGUUCCCAAGUGACUUCUAUGAUGGAUUCCACAUCCAGACCAUCUCUGCUGUCCUGUUCAUCUACCUCGGUUGUAUCACGAAUGCGAUCACCUUCGGUGGGCUUCUGGGGGAUGCCACAGACAAUUAUCAGGGAGUAAUGGAGAGCUUCCUGGGCACUGCCAUGGCUGGCAGCUUGUUCUGUCUCUUCUCGGGGCAGCCUCUCAUCAUCCUCAGCAGCACAGGACCCAUCCUCAUCUUUGAGAAGCUCCUCUUUGACUUCAGCAAGGCCAAUGGCCUGGACUACAUGGAGUUCCGCCUCUGGAUUGGUCUUCACUCAGCCAUCCAGUGCCUUAUCCUGGUGGCCACAGAUGCCAGCUUUAUCAUCAAGUAUAUCACACGCUUCACCGAGGAGGGCUUCUCCACCCUCAUCAGCUUCAUCUUCAUCUACGACGCCAUCAAAAAGAUGAUUGGUGCCUUCAAAUACUAUCCCAUUAACACGGACUUCAAGCCGGACUCCAUCACCACCUACAAAUGCGAGUGCGUCGCUCCUGACACAGUGAAUACAACCAUGGUCAAUGCCUCAGCCCCGCUGACACCAAACACCAACACAUCCCUGUACACCCCCCUUAACCUCACAGCGCUGGACUGGUCCCUGCUGAGCAAGAAGGAGUGUCUGAGCUACGGUGGGCGCCUUCUUGGGAGCUCCUGCCAAUUCGUCCCAGACCUGGCGCUCAUGUCCUUCAUCCUUUUCUUUGGGACUUACUCCAUGACCUUGACUCUGAAGAAAUUCAAAUUCAGCCGCUAUUUUCCCACCAAGGUCCGGACUCUGGUGGCUGACUUCUCCAUCGUCUUCUCCAUCCUGCUCUUCUGUGGAAUUGAUGCCUGUUUUGGGCUGCAAACCCCCAAGCUGCACGUGCCUAAUGUCAUCAAGCCCACAAGGCCUGACCGAGGCUGGUUUGUUGCCCCCUUUGGGAAGAACCCUUGGUGGGUGUACCCUGCCAGUAUCCUGCCCGCCCUGCUGGUGACCAUCCUGAUCUUCAUGGACCAGCAGAUCACUGCUGUCAUUGUCAACCGGAAGGAGAACAAGCUGAGGAAGGCCGCCGGCUACCAUCUGGACCUCUUCUGGGUGGGCAUCCUCAUGGCCCUGUGCUCCUUCAUGGGGCUCCCCUGGUAUGUGGCUGCCACGGUCAUCUCCAUCGCCCACAUUGACAGCCUCAAGAUGGAGACGGAGACCAGUGCCCCAGGGGAGCAGCCGCAGUUCCUGGGGGUCAGGGAGCAAAGAGUUACUGGAGUCAUGGUCUUCAUCCUGACAGGCAUCUCCGUCUUCCUGGCUCCUAUCCUGAAGUACAUCCCCAUGCCAGUGCUCUAUGGAGUCUUCCUCUACAUGGGAGUGGCCUCCCUGAAUGGCAUCCAGUUCUGGGAACGCUGUAAGCUUUUCCUCAUGCCAGCCAAGCACCAGCCAGACCACACCUUCCUGCGCCACGUACCCCUUCGUCGGAUCCACCUGUUCACGCUGGUGCAGAUCCUCUGCCUGGCCCUGCUCUGGAUCCUUAAGUCAACCAUGGCUGCCAUCAUCUUUCCGGUCAUGAUCCUGGGCCUUAUCAUUGUUAGAAGGCUCCUGGACUUGAUUUUCUCCCAGCAUGACCUGGCCUGGAUUGACAAUAUCCUCCCAGAGAAGGAGAAAAAGGAGACAGACAAGAAAAAGAAGAGAAGGAAAGAGGUCCACGAGAACGCAGAGGAGGAGGUGGGGAUGCCCCAGUCCCUUCCUCCCUCAGUUGUAAAGAUCCCCAUGGAAGGUCUCCCAUCUGAUCCCCAAAAUGGUAUCCACUGCGUUGCCAGAAAAAGAUCUUCCAGUUGGAGCUACUCUCUCUGACUCCUCCUUCAGUGGCUCAGAACUGGACCGAAGCAUCACCUUGCAUUUCAAAAUCUCUUGUCCGGCUUCACCUGCUUUCAACUACUCACGGAAUCCAGUCUUCAUGGUGCCACAGGUGAGGAUAGAGAUGGAGUCUGACCUCA